AUGGCUGCUGCCGGGAGUCCUGUCCAGGAUCUCUGUGAGGAAGCCACUUGUCCCAUCUGCCUGGAUUAUUUCAGGGAUCCAGUGAUGGUUACAGAGUGUGGGCACAAUUUCUGUCGAGCCUGCCUGAAUCAGUGCUGGGGGGAGAAGGACACAGAGGCCUCCUGCCCCGAGUGUAGAGGAACCUUCCAGAAGGAAAACCUCAGGCCAAAUAGGCCGCUAGCUAAGAUUACUGAAAUUGCCAAGAAAUUCGGAGAUCAGGGGGGCAAGGGGGCAGAGGAGAAGGGGGGAGUCUGUGAGAAACACCAGGAGCCCUUGAAGCUCUUCUGCAAAGAUCAUGAAACCCCCAUCUGUGUGGUGUGUGACAGAGCCAAGGAGCACAAAGAUCAUGAGGUGGUUCCUCUAGAGGAGGCUUCCCAGGAGUACAAGGAUCUGAUCCGUCGUCGCCUGGAGAUUCUCAGGGAAGAGAGAGAAAGAAUUCUGGCAUAUAAGGCAGAAACAGAAAAGAAGAAUAAAGAACUUCUUAAGGAAACCAAAGCAGAGAGGGAAAAGGCAGUGGCUCAGUUCAGACAACUACGGCAGCUUCUGGAGGAACAAGAGAAGCUUCUGCUGACCCAGAUAGAAGGCUUAGAGGAGCAGAUUGCCAGGAGAAGGGACGAGCACCAGGCCAAACUCUCUGAAGAACUCUCCUCUCUUGAAAGCCUCAUCCAGGAGUUGGAGGAGAAGAGUCAGCAGCCAGCGAGUGAACUCCUGCAGGACGUGAGAAACACCUUGCAGAGGAGUGAGAAGGAGGCAUUUGAGAAUCCAGCAGCUUUCCCUCCAGAGCUGAAGCAGAAGAUCUGGGACUUCCAUGAAAUAAAUCCCUUUCUGGAGAGAGUCGUGAAGCAAUUCCAAGAUGCACUGCUAACUCGACUACCUCUGAUGAAAGCAAACGUCACUCUGGAUCCAGACACAGCUCAUCCCUGGCUCAUCCUGUCUGAGGACCAUAAAAGCGUGAGAUUGGGAGACAAGCGGCAAGAUCUGCCCAACAAUCCUGAGAGAUUUGACACAUAUGCUUUUGUCCUGGGACGUGAGGGAUUCACGUCAGGCAGACAUUUCUGGGAAGUCAGUGUGGGAAGUGAGGAAUACUGGGCUGUGGGGGUCACCAGAGAGUCUGUGAGGAGAAAAGGCCCGAUUGGACUUGAUCCUAAGGAAGGGAUCUGGGUUGUGAGGUAUUGUGGAGGUGUAUAUAAGGCUUGCAACCCCCCUCAUUACCCUCGUCUGUCCCUGAGUGGGGAUCUGAAGAAGAUCCGGGUGUCUCUGAACUGUGCUGGGGGACAGGUGUCCUUUUACGAUGCUGACAGGGGGAUCCUCCUCUACGCCUUCUCUGGAGCCUCCUUUGCAGGAGAGACAAUUAUGCCCUUCUUUUAUGUAGAGGGGAAAGGCCCCCUCAGCAUCUCUCCUUAAGGCAGCUCAGAGCCUUCCUCACUCUCCCUCCUCUCCACACCAGACUGGUUAAUCUAAGCACCAAACCUCCCUUUGUCAAGGGCUCCUUUUCACCUUCUGCAAAGACCCCCUGAGAGGCCUCCAGUCACAGACACCAGAACUACAUGGACUAAAAUGGUGCCUGAUUUCCUCCCUCCCUUUUCCCGGACUUCUCUCAUCUCUCACUUCUUAAAGAGACAGAAGCACAUGAAUAAUCCAGACCAACAUUUUUUUUUAACUGCAUUGCUUCCAUGGCCACAAAAAUUCUCUCUCUCUCUCUCUCUCUCUCUCUCUCUCUGCACAAACACACACACACACACACGGGUGCAUUGUAGCUUGUCAGAGAUCCUGAUGUGACAUUCUUGCCAAAGUCUCCAUAUCCCAAAAGGCCUCUCAUUCUGCUGUUUCAUGAAGACAAAUGCAUCUUCCAUGUGAUUUCCAUUGAGAAUGGCCUGUGGGUGGGCUUGGAUUCAGCAAGUGCAGGGAAAUUGCUGUUAUAGAGAGCUAAUAUGUCCACCUUAGUUAUUUUCAUUAAAUAAAAUAAGUUACAGCCUUGGGAACAAGGGUUAUCUCAUCAUGCUUAGGGUGACCAUAUUUCGGGAACCAAAAAGGAAGACAACAUGGCCGCUCUAUGGGGCCUGUUCUGCCGUCUCCCAGGCUGCAGCUUCUCCUUCAGCCUUCUUUCCUUGCUGCAACACAGCAGAAUUAUCACAGUUUUUUUUUUACUUUCUAAGGUUUUUUUCUUUUAACAGUUCCUGUCCUUUUGUAAGCAUUGCAUAUUUUAGAUUAUCCCUUUUUUAUCUUUAUAAAAAUAAAGAAAAGUUAUAUAUACCUCAAAAAUGUAUCCAGCUACCUUUUAACAGCUUACAGAUUUAUUUUAUUAAUAUCCAUCUAGUGCCUAUAGUUCUACAGUAUUUUAAGUGCAAAGAGGUCAGUAAUGUUGCCUCAGAGUCAAGCUGUGUUCCACUGAUUUUAGCCAAGCGCAGCUAACAUCAAAGUGGAAACUGAAAAAGAAGCAUCCUUUAAAGCUCCCUGAAGGAAGAUCACUUUUGUACUUUGUGCCCAAAUGACCUGCAGAACCUUAGAAACAGCUGACAGACACUCUC